AUGGAUGUAGAUUACGCUUAUCCUGCACCCCCGGGACAGGUUGAAUUUCUUUACCAGGGCAGCCGCAAAGAACAGGGUUGGGUCCUGCAAGCGAUGAGGAGAAUGCCAGCCACGGCUGACCAGAAUACUUGGAUCAAGUAUACGUCUUUACUAGCCGAAAGAAAUGACAUCCUUCGGACAUGCUGGCUGCAGGCUUCCGACGCAACCUUGAUCGGUGUGGUUCUACGCAAUCCUAAUCCCGAUGUCACUCGCAUUAGUUGCCAGGAUGAAAAGGAAGCUGCCUCUGUUUUUGAAACCACAUGGGACGAGCGGUUUGUCUUUGGAAAACCAUUCAUUCGUUAUAAAAUCAUCACCUAUCCGGAUGGUAGCUGGGAUCUCAUCACAAAAAUGGAUCAUGCCGUCUACGAUGGCACAUUUCUUGGCAUUUUCGACGACCAUUAUUCGGCCAUACUAAAAGGCCAACCUGCGCCUCGCCACACCACGUUUAAGGAUUUUGCCUUUUAUAUUUUUGAACAGGACAAGUCUAAGUGCUUGGAAUACUGGAGAGAGAGGCCGGCCGGCUGGGCCGGGUACGAUUCUAUGGGAGCUCGCAAUCGAUGGAUCAACGCCUCGACGCCCAUGUGCAACACUGCCAUCAGGCGGCCGCUCCACACCACUAAUGUCGACCAGCUCGCCAGCGAUCAUGGUGUCACGCCGGCCAUCUUCUUCCAAGGGGCGUUCCAAGUAUGGUUGUCACGGGCAACAAACAGUUCUGACGUGGCCUUUGACUACCUCUUGACGGGCCGCAACGUCGACCUGCCAGAUCCGCAAAUAAUUAACGGCACGACUGCAAACUUUCUUCCCAUGCGCAUCAAGGUCGGCCCAGAAGACUCCAUAGUCUCCUUCCUCCGUCGUACGCAGGACGACUUUUGGGCCAUGACGGAUCACAGCGACGUUGGACUCGUUGAUAUCUACAAAACGGCCGGGCUUGAACGAAAGCGCGCGAGAUCGCGUUCUGUUUAUUUACCAGCCUUUCGAACCGGCCCCGUCUGA